AUAUAAGGCUCUGAACAUAUGGCAUACGAAAAUAAAAUAUCAUUAUCCAGCUCCGUACAUACUUAUCAAGAUGCCUAAAUGCUCGGCCAAAUGCGGAAAAAACGCAAUAUUAAAGAGACCAAAAACUGGCGACGUACUUUGUAAGGAAUGUUUCUUUGAAGCAUUUGAAAAUGAAAUACAUUUUAGCAUUAAAAGAGCCAAAUUAUUUCGUCCAGGUGCCAAGGUCGCAAUAGCUGCAUCAGGCGGAAAGGAUUCUACAGUUCUAGCUCAUGUUCUUAAAUUAUUAAAUGAAAAGUACAAUUAUCAAUUAAAUCUUGUUCUCCUGUCUAUUGAUGAGGGUAUAACAGGAUAUCGAGAUGAUAGUUUACAGACUGUCAAACAAAAUAGGGAUGAUUAUAAAAUACCUUUAAAGAUUUUAUCUUAUAAAGAUCUUUAUGGAUGGACCAUGGAUGAAAUAGUUACAGAGAUAGGAAAAAAAAACAAUUGUACAUUUUGUGGAGUGUUUAGAAGGCAGGCCUUAGAUAGAGGCGCGAAUAUUUUAAAGGUUGAUUACUUAGCCACUGGUCAUAAUGCCGACGAUGUUGCAGAAACUGUAUUGAUGAAUAUUUUAAGAGGCGAUUUAGCUAGACUAAAUAGGUGUACUUCAAUUAUUACUGACAGUGGUGAUGGCAUUCCCAGAGUGAAGCCCUUAAAAUAUGCAUAUGAGAAAGAGAUAGUCAUGUAUGCAUAUUUUCAAAAAUUAGUUUAUUUCUCUACAGAGUGUGUGUAUGCUCCAAAUGCAUACAGAGGACAUGCUAGGAUGCUCCUAAAAGAUUUAGAGAAAAUUGACCCCUCAAUUAUCAUGAGUAUAAUUCAUUCUGGAGAAAAUUUAAGAGUAAAUAAGAAUGCAAAAAUUCCAUCAUUAACAUGGUGCAGCCGGUGUAAUUUUGUGUCAUCCCAAGAAAUAUGUAAGGCAUGUGUACUUUUAGAAGGCUUAAAUAAAGGUUUGCCUAGAUUGGGAAUAGGAAAGUCAAGCAAAGCUAAAAAAAUACUAAAAGAAAAUAAAAAUGUUAAUGUUAAUAGUAGUUCAAAUACUAAAAAUAAAGUAGUAUCAGAUGCCAUUUGCCAAAACACAUGUAAUUGUUCGCCAAAUAAUUUCAAAAAUAUAGAUAGGGAAAAAUAA